UAUUCGGCUCCGGGCGUGGGCAGCGUCUAGUCGCGUCACUCGAGCUCCGUCGCCCCGUUUUGUGCGUCACGGGUGGCGGGAGCGGGAAGGAAUUCGGAUUGUCGCGCCUCUGCUCGGGCGGAGAGAGUGCGGUCUGCACCCCGAUUCCGGACCCUUAGGCCUGUGAACCCUGCUGCAAGUCCGAGCCUUCCCUCUCGGCCUCCGUCUCGGUCGUGCCGGCGCCUCGCAGCUGCAGCUCCGCCUGGAAUUAGCGCCUCAGCCACUAGCGGCGAUGCAUGUAAUCAAGCGAGAUGGCCGCCAAGAGCGAGUUAUGUUUGAUAAAAUUACAUCUCGAAUUCAGAAGCUUUGUUAUGGACUCAAUAUGGACUUUGUUGAUCCUGCUCAAAUCACCAUGAAGGUAAUCCAAGGCCUCUACAGUGGGGUCACUACGGUGGAACUGGAUACAUUAGCUGCUGAGACAGCUGCCACCUUGACUACUAAGCAUCCUGACUAUGCCAUCUUGGCAGCAAGGAUUGCAGUCUCCAACUUACACAAAGAAACAAAGAAAGUGUUUAGUGAUGUGAUGGAAGACCUCUACAACUACAUCAAUCCACAUAAUGGCAAACAUUCUUCCAUGGUGGCCAAAUCAACACUGGAUAUUGUUUUGGCCAAUAAAGAUCGCCUGAAUUCUGCUAUUAUCUAUGACCGAGAUUUCUCUUACAAUUACUUUGGCUUUAAGACAUUGGAGAGGUCCUAUUUGUUAAAGAUCAAUGGAAAAGUGGCUGAAAGACCACAGCAUAUGUUGAUGAGGGUGUCUGUGGGGAUUCACAAAGAAGACAUUGAUGCUGCAAUCGAAACAUACAACCUUCUUUCAGAGAAGUGGUUCACUCAUGCCUCACCUACUCUCUUCAAUGCUGGCACUAACCGUCCACAGUUGUCAAGUUGCUUCCUUCUGAGCAUGAAAGAUGACAGCAUUGAAGGAAUUUAUGACACUCUAAAGCAAUGUGCAUUGAUUUCUAAAUCUGCUGGUGGAAUUGGUGUUGCUGUGAGUUGUAUUAGGGCUACUGGCAGCUACAUUGCUGGGACUAAUGGCAAUUCCAAUGGCCUUGUGCCAAUGCUGAGGGUGUAUAACAACACAGCUCGAUAUGUGGACCAAGGUGGAAAUAAGCGUCCUGGGGCAUUUGCUAUUUACCUAGAACCUUGGCAUUUAGACAUCUUUGAAUUCCUUGAUUUAAAGAAGAACACAGGAAAGGAAGAGCAGCGUGCCAGAGAUCUUUUCUUUGCUCUUUGGAUUCCAGAUCUUUUCAUGAAACGAGUGGAGACUAAUCAGGACUGGUCUUUGAUGUGUCCAAAUGAAUGUCCUGGUCUGGAUGAAGUUUGGGGAGAGGAAUUUGAGAAGUUAUAUGAAAGUUAUGAGAAACAGGGCCGUGUCCGCAAAGUGGUAAAAGCUCAGCAACUUUGGUAUGCCAUUAUUGAGUCUCAGACAGAGACGGGCACCCCAUAUAUGGUCUACAAAGAUUCCUGUAAUCGGAAGAGCAACCAGCAGAAUCUGGGAACAAUCAAAUGCAGCAACCUGUGUACAGAAAUAGUAGAGUAUACUAGCAAAGAUGAGGUUGCAGUGUGUAACUUGGCUUCCUUGGCCCUGAAUAUGUAUGUCACAUCAGAACACACGUAUGAUUUUAAGAAGUUGGCUGAAGUCACUAAAGUCGUUGUUCGUAAUUUGAAUAAAAUUAUUGACAUAAACUACUACCCUAUUCCAGAGGCAAGCUUAUCAAAUAAACGCCAUCGCCCCAUUGGAAUUGGGGUUCAAGGUCUAGCAGAUGCCUUUAUCCUGAUGAGAUACCCUUUUGAGAGUCCAGAAGCUCAGUUAUUAAAUAAGCAAAUCUUUGAAACUAUUUAUUAUGGAGCCCUGGAAGCCAGUUGUGACCUAGCCAAGGAGUAUGGCCCGUAUGAAACCUAUGAAGGCUCUCCAGUAAGCAAAGGAAUUCUUCAGUAUGAUAUGUGGAAUGUUACUCCUACCGACCUAUGGGACUGGAAACUUCUCAAGGAGAAGAUUGCAAAGUAUGGUAUAAGAAACAGCCUGCUUCUUGCCCCGAUGCCUACUGCUUCAACUGCUCAGAUCCUGGGAAAUAAUGAGUCCAUUGAACCUUAUACCAGUAACAUCUAUACUCGCAGAGUCUUGUCAGGAGAAUUUCAGAUUGUAAAUCCUCACUUAUUGAAAGAUCUUACUGAACGGGGCUUGUGGAAUGAAGAGAUGAAAAACCAGAUUAUUGCUUGCAAUGGCUCCAUCCAGAGCAUACCAGAAAUUCCUGAUGAUUUGAAACAACUUUAUAAGACUGUGUGGGAAAUCUCUCAGAAAACUGUUCUUAAGAUGGCGGCCGAGAGAGGUGCCUUCAUUGAUCAAAGUCAGUCUUUGAACAUCCAUAUUGCGGAACCUAACUAUGGCAAACUCACUAGUAUGCACUUCUACGGCUGGAAGCAGGGUUUAAAGACUGGGAUGUAUUAUUUAAGGACAAGACCUGCAGCUAACCCAAUCCAAUUCACCAUAAAUAAAGAAAAGCUGAGAGAUAAAGAAAAGACAUUGAAAGAAGAAGAGGAGAAGGAGAGGAACACAGCAGCCAUGGUGUGUUCUUUGGAGAACAGAGAUGAGUGUCUGAUGUGUGGGUCCUGAGGAAAGGCUGAAAAGAGAUCAGCACAUCAUCCAGAGCAGACCAACUUGAUUGAGUGUAGAUAGACAUAGUGGGUUUGCUUGAAAUGGUAAGGCUUUGCUGGACUUCACUGCAACAAAAGGAGCAAUUGAUUUAAAGUAGUUUCUACAUAGUGUGAAGAUAAUGAUUUUUUAAAAGUAAAAAACACCAAAAUAUUUUGGGAAUCAAAGUGGAGUUUUAGGGUUGCAAAAGAAGUCAUCGUGGAACUAGGAAGUGAUUUGGUAAGGUUUCAUCAACCCUUCUAGCAUUCCUUUUCUGAUGAUUUCAGUUUGGGUAAGGACACUGAUUUGAGUUUUGUUGCUUCUACUGGUUUCCUGGACUCAAAACUCACUGAUAACCCACGAGAACUGUGGAUAAGGAGUCAAGUUCUAUAGGUCAUUCUGAAAUAAAGACAAACAUUUCUAAA